AUGGCACAGUGGUCCAUCAAUGUCGCCAUAAUGUCUGAACCGUACAUCUCAGACUUGAGGACCGUAUCUCAAAGACAAAAUUGGAUUGUGGAUAGGGAAGGCCUCGCGGCCGUUAUACUCGACAAUGACCGGGUGGCACUUUCAGGACCGCACCGAAAGGGUCGCGGCUGUGUCGCCGUCCGAGUCUCAGAGAAUCUUGUCGUAAUAAGCGCCUACUGUUCUCCAAAUAAGACGCUCAUCGAGUUCGAGCGGUUCCUAGUCGAGAUAGGCGCACUGGUCGAUUGGGCCCGCCCCCACGACAUAAUCGUCGCCGGUGACUUUAACGCGAAGUCGGCUGCGUGGGGGACGGUGGAUGACCGUGGACGAGGACGGGCCCUGUUACGAUGGGCCGCAAUGUAUAAUUUGACAGUGCUAAACAAAGGCUCCGAGCACACGUGCGUACGCAGAGCGGGAGGCUCCAUCGUUGAUGUCACUUUUGCAAGUUCCUGUCUUGCUCGUCGCGUGGAAGAUUGGGAGGUUAUGACAAAGGUAGAAACAUUGUCGGACCACAGAUACAUCCAAUUCCGAAUCCCUCCAUUAUCGUGUAUCGCUCCAGCUAGACAGGAUCUCAUUCCGUCGGAGAUCGGCCCUAGAUGGUCGCUGAGGUCGUUGGAUAGAGUCGUGUUCGAGGAGGCGACAAUAGUUAAGUCUUGGUGUUCCGGCCCGAUUAGGAAUGCUGAUAUCGAAAAUGAGGUUCGGUGGUAUACGAGAGCGUUAGCGGACCUUUCAGAUGUGUCUAUGAGCCGCGUACGAGUUUUGAGGCCGAGGAAUGGGGUUUACUGGUGGUCCGACGAACUGGCUGUUCUUCGAUCUUUCUGUGUGAGGUCACGAAGGGUAUUUACGCGGUAUAGGCGUCGACCACAAACACGUCGCAGUCAGGACGAAGAGGAGCGGCUGUACGUAGCUUAUCAGGCUGCAAAAAGGGAUCUGAGGGUGGCAAUGGCAAGGGCCAAGGAAGAAGCUUGGAAUGGGUUCCUUAAUACGUUGCAAGAAGACCCCUGGGGCCGUCCCUUUCGACUUGUAAUGAGCAAAUUGCGACCCCGGGCGCCGCCACUGACGUCCAGCAUGCAACCUUCGCUUCUCGACUCAGUGGUGGCCACUUUGUUUCCAGGUGGAAAUGGGCGAACACCUGCACAAGCGCACCCGUGCUCGAUUCCAGGCGAAGAGUCGAUGCGCGUGACGCGUGAGGAAUUGGAUGCAGCAUUGGCAAAGGUCGUGGCCAAGAACACAGCCCCAGGCCCUGACGGCCUUCAUGGAAGGGUGUGGGCUCUCGCCCUUAAAGACGAGGAAAUGGCUUGGAGGUUCUGCGGCUUGUUGACGCGGAUCAUGCAGAAGGGAGAGUUUCCUUCUGCCUGGAAGACUGGGAAAUUAGUGCUGAUUAAGAAACCCAGCAAAGCAGAAACAUCUCCCUCUGCUUACCGCCCAAUUAUCUGCACAGUGCCCAGUUUGGAUUCCGGCGUUCGCGGUCAACUGUGCGCAGAGGUCCGAGAAAUAAGCGAGGAGACCACAGAGCAGGGUGGUGUUGCAAUGGCGGUAUCCCUUGACAUUGCCAACGCCUUCAACACCAUUCCUCACGAGGCUAUUCUGCGAGGUUUAGUGCAUCAUGGAAUACCAUUAUAUCUCCGGAGGCUUGUAGAGUCGUACCUCCUUAAUCGUAGAAUUGUGUUUCCUGGUAGGGAUGCUUGGAGAUGCUACCGAGUCACAUGCGGUGUGCCACAGGGUUCUGUUCUCGGGCCUCUGCUGUGGAACAUAGGCUAUAAUUGUAUUCUUCAAGCAUCGUUGCCCUUAGGUGUUCGGGUCAUCUGUUACGCUGAUGAUACCUUGGUUGUGGCAUCUGGCGGUACCUACGUCGAGGCGAGUCGUCGAGUUACUGCUGGGGUAGCUCAAGUCGUAGCGCAGAUAAGACGCCUCGGCCUGCGUGUCGCACUGGAGAAGUCCGAAGCGAUCUGUUUUCACGGCCCGAGGCGAGCGCCUCCAGCGGGAGCGCACAUCGUCGUUGCAGGAGUGUCCAUCGAGGUAGGAAAGUCCUUGAAGUAUUUGGGCCUGGUACUUGAUUCCCGGUGGACAUUUCGAUCGCACUUCGCGGCACUUGCCCCAAAGCUCACCGCCACGUCACUGGCUCUCAGCCGGAUUAUGCCGAAUCUAGGCGGGCCGAGUGAGGGGUGUCGCCAACUCUAUUCCUGCGUUGUUAAAUCCCAAGCACUGUACGGGUGCCCAGUAUGGGCUGACAAGUUGUCCCGGAAAAACAAACAACUUCUCAGGCGAGCCCAAAAAUCAAUUUUGAUCAGGGUUGCGCGGGCGUAUCGCACGGUGUCAUACGAUGCCGUGUGUUUGAUCGCAGGUUCCGCGCCCUGGCACCUCGAGGCUACCGCUCUAGCUGAUGUCUAUUGGCGCAGGGCUGAUGCGCGUGAAGCGGGGGCUGAACCAGCCACUGAGACCAUACGCUCCUGGCGCCUGGACGCCUGCCAGCGCGUGAUACUGGACUGGAGGGCCGAGUUCGACGGUGCACAAAUGGGAAGGUACACGGUAAGUGCGAUCUUGCCCGUCCUGAACGAGUGGCUGGAGAGGAAGCGUGGUUCUUUGACUUUUCGCCUGGUGCAGGUCAUAUCGGGACACGGCUGUUUUGGCAAAUACCUUCACCGCAUCAGAAGGGAACCGACCUCUGCGUGUCACCAUUGCCAGGAACUUGUUGACGAUGCUGCACACACAUUAGCGGCUUGUCCGGCGUGGGCGGAAGAAAGGCGCAACCUGGUUGCAGCCUUUGGGACAGAUCUGAGCCUUUCUACAAUAAUAAAGAAGGCUGUGGCUGAUUUAGAGAAGUGGACAGUUUUAUCCACAUACUGUGGCGUGGUAAUGCUGUGCAAAGAGCAAGCCGAGAGGGCCCGGGAAGUUUAUGUGGAGUCUUCUUAA